AUGAUGACUGAAGCCAUUCUGCCUGGAUUAUGCGUAUUACUGGCCAUUGCUCUGUGGCAGCCAUCUCUGGCAACCCGUGAUUUCGAGAUACGUUGGCGAGAGAUCAACUGCUCGGUCAGUGAUCCCGCCACGACAGAGGCCUUCCGAUGCGAAAUCAUCGAGAUGCCCAGGCGGCAGGGGAACUUCCUCAACACCCUGCUCCUGCUGAAGCGUCCCGUCCAGAAGAUGUGGGUGGAACUGAGUGUGGGUCAGAUCGGGACUAGGAGGGAUCGCUUCCUCCAGCAGCUGAUCAAGAUCCGAGUGGAUGGCUGUCAUCUAAUCAAGUUCCGAAGCAAAAAUCGCAUUCUGAAUGCCGUGCUGAGAAAGCUACUGCAAUCGGGAAACUAUCCAGACGAGUGUCCACUCUUGGCGAAUGUAAACUAUACCUCCACACAUUUUGCCCUCAAUCCGGAUCACUUUCCCGCCUACAUGCCGGACAUGAAGUUCAACACGAAAUUGGUCUUCCAGCUGAGCAAGACCAUCACCCUGAUCAGGGCCAGUGUGGACGCCGAGGUGAUGAGACGUUCCUAAUCCGAAACAUUUCAAUAAAGCACAACCGAGUACAUAAACCGAUACACUUAUGUAUGACUAAGACUUUGGCCUGGAAGGAGGAUGACUAAUGGCUCCGGUAUGGGGAAUGUGCAUAAUACACACAUGAUGAAGAUUAGACGCUCUCUCCCACGGAAUCCAUGA